AUGAACAUGCUUACCAUGCCGCCUGGCAUGGGCAAUAUCAACACUAUGAACACAUCUGCGCUGAUGACCAGAGAUUACUCUCAGUCUGGUUCUUCCUCGACAAGUCACAAGGAUCAGAGCUCAUCACCUUCUGAGCAAAUCUCGUCGUCCAAAUUGUCAUCUACAAAGAACAGCCCCAAGGACUCAGAACCCUCCUGCCGAGUUGAGAAGCGAAAGGCAAACACCCUUGCUGCCCGUCGCUACCGCCAAAAGCGCGUCGAUCAAAUGAGUACCCUCGAGGCCGAACUCAAGGAAGUCAAAGCCGAGCGGGACGACCUUAAAGUCCGCAACGCCAGGUUGGAGGGAGAGGUCGAGACGCUUCGUGCCCUGCUCCGUUCUCAGAAGUAA